AUGGUGAAUACACGGAAAGAACAAGAUGACACUGGAUACCAUCUCAGAUUAUACUCAGUGACAUCUGAGGAGAAAAAAAAUUUUCAGAUGAAUAUUUUAAUAAUACUUAAUAUUUUUCAGGGAAACCAUGUAACGAUGAUACCUUUGGACGAGAUGUCUCGAGGACAACCAGGUGGCAAUGGUGGUGCUAACAGUCCGCCUCAGAACUGUAUGAAAGUAUUUAUCCAGCGGGAUUACAGCCAAGGAACUAUGGUCAAAUUUCAAACCAGGUUUCCUCCUGAAUUAUCUGAUAGAGUGGACAUUGAGUCAUUCGAGUACACAAUAAACCAACUGAACAACUACUUCGCAGAAGCGGAGCGAGCAAGUUGUUCAACGUACUGCGAGGGUUGCCUGGCGUGCCUGACCGGGUACUUAAUCUACAUCUGUACAGAAACGCACUACGAAAAGUGCUUAAGGAAGGUCGCUAAGUUCAUCAGCGAGCAGAACGACCGCGUCUACAGGCCGCGGGGCCUCCUUCUGACUGACCCAACGACCCGGGGACUCAGACUUAUAGAAAUUUCAGUCCUGGACCGGCCGCCCUCGUGA